AUAGAGGAAGGGGAACAAAGGAAUCACCACACUCUGAGUGAGAAAAGGCCUGGCUGCAAAUAUAGCCUUAACAGGCAAGAGAGAAUUGAAACAUGGGAGAAACCAUAUAAGUGUCUGGAGUGUGGAAAGAGCUUCAAUCGGAGUGAUCACCUUACUUCACAUCAAAGGAUUCACUCCCCAGAAAAACCAUAUACAUGCUUGGAAUGUGGAAAGAACUUCAGGAGGAGUGCAAACCUUACAUAUCACCAGAGGAUUCACACAGGUGAGAAACCGUACAAAUGCUUAGAAUGUGGAAAGCAUUUCAGUUGGAGAGCAGAUUUUACUUGUCACCAGAGGCUUCACACAGGGGAGAAACCAUAUAAAUGCUUGGAGUGUGGGAAGAGCUUCAGCCAGAGUGGACACCUUACUUCUCACCAGAGGAUUCAUACAGGGGAGAAACCAUAUAAAUGCUUGGAAUGUGGAAAGAGCUUUAGUCGGAACGCAGAACUUACUUACCACCAGAGGAUUCACACCGGGGAGAAACCAUAUAAUUGCUUGGAAUGUGGAAAAAGCUUUAGUCGGAAUGCUGAACUUACUUCUCACCAGUGGAUUCACAUAGGGGAGAAACCAUAUAAGUGCUUGGAAUGUGGGAAGAGCUUCAGUCGCAGUGACAGGCUAACUUCUCAUCAAAGGAUUCACACUGGGGAGAAACCGUAUAAAUGCUUGGAGUGUGGGAAGAGCUUCUGUCGGAGGGACAGUCUAACUUCCCACCAAAGGACUCAUGUAGGAGAGGAACCCUACCAAUUAGACUUGUUGAAAGAAAUUAUCUUAAUUCCUCUUUACCCAAUUUCUCCUUGAAACAAAUGAUUCUUAUUCCAGUUGCUGAGCAGUAACAUUUGCCAUUCUGUCUGACCUUCCUACAUCAGAAAAGCCAUAUAGAUGCUCUGU